AAUAAAAAAAAAAGAAGGCCUAAAAUUCACACAUUGAGCUUAAACAUACACAUAUACAUAUACUCGUAAUCUGCAGCAGUGAAUCAGAAUCAAAAUCAAUAAGAAUUAGUUAAAAAUAAAAUUUAAUUGAAAGAUGUCAGCUAGAGCCUUGAAGAAAGCCCUAAAAGAACAAGAAUCAUCAUCAGCAGCAGCUGACACCAAUUUGCCAAAAACCGAUGAUGAGUCUGAGUCCGAGUCUGAAUCGCCCACUCGCCCUUUUACUAAUCCUUUUGAUCUUCUUAACGAUUCAGACCAACAACAGGAGGAUGACUCUAGUGAUGUCGAUACAGCUGCUACUACAGUAAAAACUGAAGUGAAUGCUAAGAAAAGUACUGCUACCCUUGUCACGUCGACAAGUAAGAAAUCAAAGAAAAAGAACAAGAAGAAAAAUAAAGAGGUAGCUUCUAGUACGGAUGACACAAACUCCUUGGACCACAUAUUAGAAGAGUUAUCUAUAGUAGUUAAUUCAUCUGCUAAUCAAAGCCAACCUUCCGAAAAGAAAUCAGAAAAUGGGAAAGUAUGCAAAACAAACAUAUUGCAAAUGGAUCCAAGGUUUCUUAAUGGAGAAAAUGAGCUCCGGAGGAUAUUUGGUUCAAAAGUUGUUGGUUCGAUUGAAAAAAAUAAUCAACCUGGAAGUUCUAGACAGGGUCGCCAAGGGAGACGUGUUAGCCACACCCAUAAGAAGUCAAUUCUUGUUUCUCCUUCUGACCAUUGGCCUCGGUGGGAUGGCUCUCUUUCCAUGGAGCUUAUCGAAACCAAAAAUGGAUGCAACUACUUCAAGUAUGUGUGUUCACCUAGCUACAAGCUGGCUCAAAGACUUUUUGAAGAAGCUCAAGCAGACCAUCAAAAUGGAGUAGCCCGAAUAGCACAGGUUCUGUUACAUUAUCCUUAUCAUAUAGAGUCACUCCAUACUCUAGCCAAUUCCUUCAAAGUUACUGGUGAACUUCAAAUGUCAGCAGAUGCAAUUGCAAAAUCACUAUAUGCCUUUGAAUGUGCAUGGCAUCCUUUGUUUAAUCCUUUUGAGGGUAAUUGUCGAUUGAAGAAUGAACAUGAGAUAAAUAAGAAGCUAUUCCCUAUACUGUUUGCUUACAUGAAAAACAUGGAUAAACGUGGCUGUCACCGAUCUGCUCUUGAAAUAUGCAAACUAUUAAUCUCUCUAGACUCAGAUGACCCAGUGGGUGCUUUGUUUUGCAUUGAUUAUUUCUCAUUGAGAGCAGGGGAGUACAAAUGGUUAGAGCGGUUUUCUGAAGAAUAUAAUAGUGAUACUUCAAUCUGGUUAUAUCCGAACUUUUCAUAUUCACUUGCAGUUUGUCGGUUUUAUCUUGAACGUGAAGAGAACCUGAAAGAAACAGGGAAAGCUACUUCAAGUGAUCUCUUGAAACAGGCAUUAAUGCUUCACCCUGCAGUUUUAAGGAAGUUGGUGGACAAAGUUCCUUUAAAAGAGCAUGUUUGGUCAAAAAUAAUCAGCAGUAGUUUCUUCAGAACAGAUGAUACAGGAAGUGCAUCGUUAAAUCAUCUGACUAGUAUAUAUGUUGAAAUGAGUUAUAUCGUAUGGAGACUCCCUGAGCUGCAUAACUUUCUAAAAGAUACAGCAUUAUUGGUAAUUGAAAAGAUGGAAAAUAGUCAAAGUGAAGCUAGGGAUUGGGCAUGUGUCAGAAAAGAAGCGUUUGCAUCCAACAAGAACGAGUAUUCAAAAUUGGAGUUAUCCGAUUUCUCGGAUACUAUAUCAACUAUCCCAGAGAAUUUGCGAAACUUUAUGAAUGAUCCAAGAGCGGCAGAGAUGCAUAAUGCUGCGGGUCACAACCAAGAAAAUCGUGGUGGUGUUGCACGCGCUCCUCGGCAAGUUGAAAACCGAAAUGCAAUGGCGGUCCUGUUAGAGUCGAUGCUUCCAUGGGUUGAUUAUGGACCAAGAGAAAACGAGCAAGAAAAUGGUAUGGCACGAGACCAUGAAGAUUAAACAUUCUCUUUUCAGAGUGUUACUAUUACUGGUUGAUAGUAACCUUUCUUUUGGUGAGAUUAUUGUCUUUUACAAUGCAGUUUUACACCUCAUUUUCGAUGCAUAUGCACAAACAUUCAGAUUUUAAGGAGCUACCCUAUGUAUCCACUAUUUCCUUAGCCAUUUAGUUACUGUUUAAUACUUUCAGAUCUUUGUAUUCACAAAUUUCUCAGCAGGUUAUGUUCAAAGAUAACCACCUUUUUUCUA